AUGGCGGAGCACCACCAGCACCACGGCGAGGCAGCCACGAGCCACCUCUCGGAGAAGGGCCCCACCACCUCCCAGAUCGUCGCCGUCGUCUGCCUCGUCCCCGUCGGCGGCUUCCUCCUCACCGUCGCCGGCCUCACCCUCGCCGGAACCCUAUUCGGCCUCGCUGUCUCCGCCCCCCUCUUCGUCAUCUUCAGCCCCGUCAUAGUCCCCGCCGUCCUCACGUUCGCCCUGGCCGUCGCCGGAUUCCUGACUGCAGGCGCGUUCGGCGUGACAGCCCUGUCCUCCGUCAUUUGGCUGCUCAACUACCUGAGGAGGAUGCGGGAGGGAACGCUGGAGCACAUGGGGCAGCGCGUGCAGGAUACGGCGGGCCGCGUGGGCGAGAGGACGAGAUAG